AUGAGCGGGACACUCGAUCUCAGAGACCUUCCCGAAGUCUACUGCAAGGCCUGGGCUUCACGGGACCCGACAGAACUGCUUGCCCUCUUCUCUAAGGACUCGUUCAUGACAGACCAUGGCGCGCAGAUCCACGUCCCCUUCCCCUACUUGGAACGCCACCACAAGCACUGGAACGGCGCCCAUGACGACUUUGAGGUCUGGUUGGACAAGCAGUACCCCGUCUACUGGGCCGAGCUCGACGACCAGGGGAACGGGUACUGCAGCUUCAGGACGGUCAACAAGGGGGUGUUCGUCAACGACCUGGGAAGACGCAAGGCCACGGGAUUACCGUUCCAGUAUUCGGGCGUUAUUGAUCUGAAAUUGAAGGGAGGCAAGAUCGUGCAGGCUGAUGAGUGGCUGAGGGUACCCUUUGAGGACAGCGUUUCACCGGACAAGUAUAUUACCAUUUCGGAGGAGAGUUUGAAGGGUGUUAUGAGGAAGGAUCUCCAUAAGUCCGAAUAG